AUGGCUGGUUCGAGGAGGGAGGUGGAGGAUAGGAGCGAUAGUGGGAGUCCUGCGCCGUCGAGCCAGACACGGCGCUCUGGGAGGCGCGCCAGGAAACGAAAGCGUGGAGAGGAUGAAUUCGGGGGUGGAGAAGACGAGGAAGAUGAAGACGAGGCAGAAGCGGACCAAUCCGCGGGAGAAAAUGAAUCAUCUGUGUCGUCUGAUGAGGAUGGGGACGUUGAGAUCUGGCAGGGGGACGAAGAUGACGAAGUGGAACGGCCAACUAAGGCGCUUUGCAUACACUGUGGCGGCGACGAAUAUAACGAUCCAAGCCCGGACUAUGAAGCUCCGCUAGAAUGUGAAAUGUGCAACGCUUUUUCGCAUAAGCAAUGUGAUAAUCAGGACAAUAACAACGGGGGAGUAAAGUCAGCCCUAGAUGAAGAAUCUGGAAAAUGGCGAUGCCCUACAUGUGUUGCAAGCGGUCACGACUCUAACCCAAUUCCCGAAUCCACGCCAUCUCAUAAGAGCCGUUCGCGACGGGUUAGUGCCGGCAAAGAAGACAACUCGAGGACGCUUAGAAAGCGAAGGGCUGGCGAUAUAGAUGAGGAAGAUGAUGGUCCAGUAAGUGCUCGAAGAAGGAAACGUAUGAAGCAAGACAAGGUCAGGGCCAAUGGCCAUGUCUCUGAUAAUCAAACUGGAGAUUACAAUCUCUAUGAAUUCGAGCUUAUUGAUGGGAAUCAUGAGUCGAAUGAUACUCCUUCACUUAAUACACCGGGUGCAAGCUCCAGGAAAAUUCACAAACAGCCCAUCACAACAGAUUCCUACCAAGGAGAACAACGAGUUGUUAAAGUCACAUAUAAAAAAACACCCCGGAAGUUCAAUCUUUGGAUAACGAAUCUCACGUCUGGAAAAUUGGAGAAAAUUCUGGAAUCACAACCAAAACCCAGCACUGUACCGCCACGACCACGCAAGAUUGUUGCCAACAGCACGCGCAAUGCUAGGGCACGGUCAACGGCUGCCACUGACACCACCCCUGCUACUAGCACAAGAGGUGCUCGUGUCUCGCCUUAUUAUCUACCACUCAACGAUGACGAUAAGUCAAAGCCUUAUGGUGGUAUCUUAAGUGAAGCAGAAGCGGAAACAACCAAGACCCACCCUGGUGCGGACGACAGAGCACGUUUUGAUAGGGCUCGUGAGGAAGCGGACGAUGAAAGAAACACACGAUUGAAAUUAUCAUCCUCCACCUUAUCACAUGGGCUCAAUGGCACUGGUCGUGGCGAGAAGGAUAAAGCCUCAGAGAAGAAAGGGGGUGCCAGCAAGAUUGAAUGUAUACACUUUGGGGAGUUUGAGAUCGAUACUUGGUACGCUGCACCUUACCCAGAGGAAUAUAGUAGGAACAAAGUCUUGUGGAUUUGUGAGUUCUGCCUGAAGUACAUGAACAGCGAAUACGUCGGCUGGAGACAUAAGAUGAAAUGUGACGCCAAGCACCCUCCUGGCGACGAAGUUUAUAGAGAUGGCUCAAUAUCCGUUUUUGAAAUUGACGGGCGUAAAAACCCAGUCUACUGUCAAAAUCUUUGCCUGCUUGCAAAAUUAUUUCUUGGGUCUAAAACGUUGUAUUACGACGUUGAACCAUUCCUGUUCUAUGUUAUGACUGAAUUUAACGAAUGCGGGAUGCAUUUUGUGGGCUACUUUUCAAAGGAGAAACGCUCAACAAGUCAAAACAACGUUUCUUGCAUUCUAACACUCCCGAUACACCAACGAAAAGGAUAUGGAAACCUUUUGAUCGCCUUUUCGUAUCUUCUUACUCGUGCUGAAAAAAAGACUGGCUCGCCAGAAAAGCCCUUCUCCGAUCUCGGCCUUGUAUCAUAUCGAAAUUACUGGAAACUCGCACUGUGCUAUGAAUUGCGAGAUCAAAAAGAACCUUUGACUAUCCUGGACAUAUCUAGGCGCACAGGAAUGACGCCAGACGAUAUAAUUUGUGGAUUAGAGGCUCUGCAUGCAUUGAUCAGAGACCCGGUUACAGGAACAUACGCUCUCCGCCUGGAUUACAAGGCAUUUCAGGCACACAUCGAUAAAUGGGAAGCAAAGGGAUAUGUAAAGCUGAACGUUGACGCUUUGGUGUGGACACCUUUCCUCAUGGGACGGUCUCAGGCGUUGCAGUUCAACGAUGCACCUCUAUCAACGAUAGCACCAAGGGCGGGAGAGAAGUUAUCGGCUAUAGACGAGAAGGCUGAGACGGUUACUGCGUCGGUCGAAAUGGGAGACGACGAUGGGAAGGAUGACCCAGGUAUUAAUCACAAUCGGAAUGGCGCCGCGACAGCUGCGACCGGGGAAGUCAUGGAUCUCGAUGCGUUACAAUCUGCUUCUCAUGCACAAGAGGAGCAAGAGCAAGACAGGAUCAGCAAAUCUGAGACCGAGCAUACUACGGUCCUGCAUGAUCUCCCCCCAAUACCCAAACCGGUAACUCCCAAUAUCAAAUUGGGAUACGAGCCGAAUCUAUUCAGCAAUAAGUGGAGUGGGCCUAGGUCACCAGCCAAAUCUCCUAUGCUGGAUAACAGUGGGUUUAUGAUACCACCCACUAGAUUCGAGAUAGUUCCUUCGGUUCCCGGUUUGACGCUUAAAAAAGGCCGUGCGGCGUCAUCGACAACUGUGAGGGGUAGAAAACGCACUUCAAUGUCGCCAGCAACCCCUAGGGGUAGAGCUGUGGAUACUCCAAAACUCCGCAGAGGCAGAACAAAAUUGGCAGAUACAGUUACUUUAAAUGGUGCCAAUAGUCCAACGAGGGAACAAAUACGGGAAUUUCAUGAUAGCCCCGCAGCUUCUGCCGCAGCCGCGCAAAAUGAGUCGCAUGGGGGGAAGUCGCCUAGCGUAGUCAAUAAGGUAAUGCGUCCUACGAGUAUGGACGUUGCAUCGGAAGUUUGA